UGGCAGCGGUGCGGCCGGCGCCUGAGCGCCGCGCGUCCAGACCAUGGCGGGCUCCCUGCCUCCCUGCGUGGUGGACUGUGGCACCGGGUAUACCAAGCUUGGCUACGCAGGCAACACUGAGCCACAGUUCAUUAUUCCUUCAUGUAUUGCCAUCAGGGAGUCAGCAAAGGUAGUCGACCAAGCCCAAAGGAGAGUGUUGAGGGGAGUUGAUGACCUUGAUUUUUUCAUAGGGGAUGAAGCCAUUGAUAAACCUACGUAUGCUACCAAGUGGCCUAUACGACAUGGAAUCAUUGAAGACUGGGAUCUUAUGGAAAGGUUCAUGGAACAGGUAGUUUUUAAGUAUCUUCGAGCUGAACCAGAAGACCAUUAUUUUUUAAUGACAGAACCUCCACUGAACACCCCAGAAAAUAGAGAAUAUCUUGCAGAAAUUAUGUUUGAGUCAUUUAAUGUCCCAGGACUCUACAUUGCAGUUCAGGCAGUGCUGGCCUUAGCAGCAUCCUGGACAUCUCGACAAGUUGGCGAACGCACGUUGACAGGGAUAGUCAUUGACAGCGGGGACGGCGUCACCCAUGUGAUCCCAGUGGCAGAAGGUUAUGUAAUUGGAAGCUGCAUCAAACACAUCCCGAUUGCAGGUAGAGAUAUUACAUAUUUCAUUCAACAGCUGCUAAGGGAGAGGGAGGUGGGAAUCCCUCCUGAGCAGUCACUGGAGACCGCAAAAGCCAUUAAGGAGAAGUACUGUUACAUUUGCCCGGAUAUUGUAAAGGAAUUUUCUAAGUAUGACAUGGAUCCCCGGAAGUGGAUCAAACAAUACACGGGUAUCAAUGCAAUCAAUCAGAAGAAGUUCAUUAUAGAUGUUGGUUAUGAAAGGUUCCUGGGACCUGAAAUAUUCUUUCACCCAGAGUUUGCCAACCCAGACUUUAUGGAGUCCAUCUCGGAUGUUGUCGAUGAAGUAAUACAAAACUGUCCCAUUGAUGUGCGACGCCCGCUGUAUAAGAAUGUCGUUCUUUCAGGAGGCUCCACAAUGUUCAGGGAUUUUGGACGUCGAUUGCAGAGAGAUUUAAAAAGAGUGGUGGACGCCAGGUUAAAACUAAGUGAGGAGCUGAGUGGCGGCAGAAUCAAGCCUAAGCCCGUGGAGGUUCAGGUGAUAACACAUCACAUGCAGCGCUAUGCCGUGUGGUUUGGAGGCUCAAUGCUGGCUUCCACCCCGGAGUUCUUUCAGGUCUGCCAUGCCAAGAAGGACUAUGAAGAGUAUGGCCCCGGCAUCUGCCGCCACAACCCUGUCUUCGGAGUCAUGUCUUAGUGUCCGCCGGGGUCAUCGUUCGAUCGUGCCAUAUUGGGGAGCAAGUGUCCUUCGGAAGCCGGAGAAGAGCGCAGUUCCUGUACAUACCAGCGUCCGGUGUCGGUGUCCGAGCAGUGUGCGUGCAUCGCCCCGUGCAUGAGGCACAGCGCAGAGUCCUUUCAGUACAAGCCAUUUAUCUGUGUGCCGACUGUUGUAUGCCCGUUCCUUCCUCCCUCACACCCCCUUCCCACUCCCCCCAUUUUCUCUCCUCCUCGCCACCCGAGCUUCUAGUUGACAGAUGCAGUUCUGAAGGGAUUCAGAUGCAACUGGAAAAAUUGUUAGGGGAGAAAACACACUAGAAGAUGGUGUGGAAUCGUUCACCCCCAGGAAAUGAUGGGGCUUGUAAACCCUUUUCCUCCCAGCCUAUUUUUGUAAAUAAAAUGUUAUAAACUUGAAAUACAAAUCGAUGUUUAUAUUUCCUAUCAUUUUGUAUUUAUGGUAUUUGGUACAACUGGCUGAUCCUAAGCACGAAUAGAUAUUGAUGUCAUGGAGUGCUGUAGUUUAAGUUUCUAACUGUGAGGCAUGUGCUGAUAUGUUUAUAGGCAGACAAUAAAACAGAGAAACAGAGCAAACUUUGUUUGCCACGUUUGCUAGAAAAUGAUUAUACUUUAUUGGAGUGACGUAAAGUUUGAACACUAAACAGUAUUGUAUGAGAAUUAUUAUAGAUAAUGUAUCUUUAGUUUUUUGUUUGAAUUUUCUGGAAUUGUUUUAUAGAAGAUGAUGGUUUGUUUUGGUGAGUGUUGGAUGAAAUACUACCUUGCACUAUUGUA